CAGGGCGUUUAAGCGGCGAAGCCGGCCGGCGGUGCUGCUGAGCUGACCAUCGAUCCCGACGGGAGCGCUGCAGCCCUUUGGCCAGAAGAGCAUCCUGCCGCCGCUUGGGAGGGAGGACCAGCCAGGCGCAAAGCGGGAAGAUCCUUGAUUGCUGGAAGGGGAGACGUUAAAAUGAGUCUGGGACGAGGCUUCUUCCCACUCCUGCUGCUGUUCGGAAUGAUUUCCACUUUUCCAUGCCAGGACCUUCCCUUGCGCAUUCAACGAGGAGUUCGAGGAUCCAGACCAAGAGGCAUGUGCACAGAUCCAUCAACCCGCCGGGUUUACCAGUCGAGGGAGACCUGGCUACGCUGGUCAAACAACCGAGUUGAAUACUGUCGGUGCGAGAGCGGCCGCAGCCACUGCCACGCAGUGCCUGUCCAAAUCUGUCCGAAGCAGCAGUGCCUGCACGAGGGCCGCUGUCGCCAAGCUCUCUACUCCCCCGGCCAUUUCCUCUGCUUAUGCCCCCCGGGAUACUCGGGGCUUCACUGUGAGAUCGAUACCAAGGCCAUGUGCUACGAGGAUGCGGGAGUGAAGUACAGGGGGACAUGGAGCGAAACAGAAAGCGGCAUGGAGUGCUUAAACUGGAACAGCAGCGCAGUGGCCCAGAAGCGGUACAGUGCGCGCCGGGCAGAUGCCCUGCAACUCGGCCUGGGCAACCACAACUAUUGCCGAAACCCGGAUAAAGACACGAAGCCCUGGUGCCACAUCUACCGAGGGGGAUCAUACAGUUGGGACUUCUGCAGCAUCGCUUCCUGCUCCAGGGAAAAAGACAAGUGUGUUUCUGGAAGGGGCACAGACUACCGAGGCAGGCACAGCACCACGUCAUCUGGGGCCUCCUGUCUGAGAUGGGACUCUGAACUCCUUGCUGGCAAAAUCUACACGGCCAAGAAGACCAACGCGCAGCAGCUGGGCCUUGGGAGUCACAACUACUGCCGGAAUCCGGACAACGACACCAAGCCGUGGUGCCAGGUGUGGAAGGGUGGCAAGGCACAGUGGGAGUACUGCGAUGUGCCCGCUUGCUCCAUGUGUGGAUUGAGGAAGCAAAAAGUGUCCCAGUUCCGGAUGAAAGGAGGCCGCUAUUCAGACAUCCAGUCCCAUCCGUGGCAGGCGGCGAUUUUUGUCAAGGUUCAGGGGAAGUACAUAUUCCACUGUGGCGGGGUCCUGAUCAGUUCCUGCUGGGUCCUUUCAGCAGCCCAUUGUCUUCCAGACAACUUGCGUGCCAAUCGCCUCCAGGUGGUGUUGGGCAGGACGUCCCGCAUGACCCCCGAAGCCAACGAGCAGCGAUUCCAGGUGGAGAAAUACGUCCUGCAUAAAGACUAUGAUAGCAGGACGUACGACAACGAUAUUGCUCUGCUGAAGCUGAACUCCUUGUUUGGAGCAUGUGCGACAGAAACCGACAAUGUCCGGCCGGCCUGCCUCCCAGAGCCCGGACUGGAGCUUCCUGACUGGACCCAGUGUGAGAUCUCUGGAUACGGCAUGCAUGAAGACUUCUCUUAUUUCUACUCUGAGCGCUUGAAGGAAGGUCAGGUCAGGCUGUAUCCGGACAGCCAAUGCAUCCCUCAGAGACUCGACAACAGGACGGUCACCAAAAAUAUGUUGUGUGCAGGAGACACCAGGAAUCUAGAUGAUGCCUGCAAGGGCGACUCCGGAGGUCCUCUGGUCUGUCUGAACAACGGCCGCAUGAAUCUCCUUGGAAUCAUCAGCUGGGGGGUGAGCUGUGGGAAGAAAGACACGCCGGGUGUCUACACGCGAGUGGUGCGCUACCUGGACUGGAUUCAGGAUCACACGAGACCCUGAAUUAAGGCAUGAGCAAAGCACCGGAGGCCUCCCCACCGCCACGGUUCUCCGCUCUGGGCAUCUCCUUGCAUCAGGGAGAGGGAGUGGAGGCUCAAGCCGAAAGCUGCACCCACAGGUGUGGCCUGUGAGUACCAGCCUGGACUGCCCUUUGGGGAGGGGACACACUUUGCCUGGUCCUUCUCUUCCCUCAUCAGAGGCGAUUAGUUUGGGAAUCUAUUUGUAAGCCGCACACACUGGGGGUGGGUGGUGGAUGGGAGGGCAGCAGCAACAGCAGGGACGCCUCUAGUUCCAGCAGUAUGGAUCCAUCAUGGGAGGCCCACCAACUCUCUUCCGCCUGGGCCCUGCAAAAGCUAGAGGCAACCCUGGCAGAGAGCCGCCCCAGGCACUCUUGAGCAGCUCCGGAGACUGGUGUGAAGAGCCCUGUGCAUGCCGGAGUCAGGCACAGGCUGGCGUAUGUCAGGGGAUUGGGGCCGUAACUCAGUGGCAGAGCCUAAGCAGAAGGUCCCUGGUCCUGUCACUGGCAGCAUUGGCAGGAAGGGCUGGGAAAGAUUCCUGCCUGAAAGCUUGGAGAGCUGCUGCCAGUCAAUGCAGACGAUCCCGAGUCAAAUGGGCCACUGGUCUCUGACUUGGCAUAUGACAGUUUCCUAUGACAAUGCAGGCUUUUGUGGGAGGAGAGCUGGCCUUGUGGCAGUGAGCAUGAAUAGCCCUGUUUGCUAAGCAGGGUCUGUCCUGGUUUGCAUUUGGAUGGGCAACUUGUGAGCACUGUAAGAUAGUCCCCUUAGGGGAUGGGGCCGUCGCUCCAUGGAAGAGCCUCUGCGUUGCAUGCAGAAGGUCCCAGGUUCAAGCCCUGGCAGCAUCUCCAGGUAGGGCUGAGAGAGACUCCUGCCUGCAACCCUGGAGAGCCACGGCCACUCGGAAUAGACAUUCCUCGGCUAGAUGGACUGAGGGUCUUACCUGGUACAAGGCAGCUUCCUAUGUUCCUUCCUGGGCACAAGAGCACCUGGAAAUCAGACGCUUAAAAAGGUGGCAGAUGGCCGUCUCCUGCAUUAUGCACAUUAGCGAACCCCAGGAAGCCCGUGGACUGCCAUUCCGGCUGCUUCUGCUCUUAGGAAGCCAGUGAUGGCUGCAGAAGUUGGGGGGCCCAAGCAAAAGCAGGCUUUAUCUCUCACGUUGCCUCUGAUCUCUUCGGGCAUGUGGCACCAAGCACGGAAGGCCAGGGCUGCUUUGGGAGAGCGUUCCCAUUCCUGGUCUCACUUGGGAGUCGAUCCUGGGACAUGCCAGCCCUUGUGGCUCUCUGGAAUUGGCCUCCAGGGAACCCAAGAGGGGAGCCAGCCGGGCCCUCCCUUGGCUCCAGCUGCAAGAGGAGGACUGGCGAAAUGUGUGUGGCCAUGGCGGGGGCAGGAAGGGUUUUUUUUUUAAAAGAGAGAAGAAUCUGGGAAACCCACGAGUCUGAGUCAUGCUCCAGCUGAGCAGCCAUCCAGACUUUUCUUAACUUGAGCAGCAUUGACAGUGACACUUUUCCUCCUGGCAAAAUUCAAAGGAUUAUUAUUAUUAUUUUUAUAUUGUGGCUAUUUAAAUGUUUCUGGCAUGCUGUGGAGUGGCAAAUGUGACUUCUACUGCAGCUCCAAGGGGCUGGUGGGGUUUUUGUGUGUGUGCAGUGUGUAUUUUCCUAAUGCAUUAAACUCUUGACAGUCUA